GCCGCAGAGGCAGCGAUGCGGGCAGGAAAGGGCGGAUCAGCAUCCGGGCUCUCGGCAGGGGCGCGCUCACUCACCUAUCAUGGCGGCCGGGAGAGGAGGAGAGAAAUGGAGAGAGGAGGAGGAGGAGGAGGGGGCGCGGGCGCGCGCACGCUCCCGCUCCAGGCACUGGAACGCUCCGGCCGCGAGCACCCGUCCGACGCGAGCGGUGGGAGGAGGAAGUACAGCCGGCGGCGAACUGCGCGUGCGCCGCGGGGCUCCCUGGUCCGCGUGCCGAUUCUCGCCCGCUGCGGGGAGAUGGUAGUGGAGGAAGCGGGCUGCGGCCCCGCCAAGCCCGCGGGGAACAGGCGUCCCCAGAAGCAGGAGCCGUUGGGACACGUGAAGAAAAGCAAGCAGCAGGUCUCGGACGGCUUCACUGUGAAAGCCAUGAUGAAAAACACAGUGGUAAGGGGGCCCCCACUUGCAGGAGCAUUUAAAGAGAGACCAACAAAGCCCACAGCAUUUCGCAAGUUUUAUGAACGAGGAGACUUCCCCAUUGCUCUUGAUCAUGAUACAAAAGGGAACAAAAUAGCAUGGAAGGUAGAAAUUGAGAAGCUGGACUAUCAUUAUUAUCUGCCUUUGUUUUUUGAUGGGCUUUGUGAAAUGACAUUUCCAUAUGAGUUUUUUGCUCGUCAAGGGAUCCAUGACAUGCUGGAACAUGGUGAAAACAAGAUUCUUCCUGUCAUUCCUCAGCUCAUUAUCCCAAUAAAAAAUGCACUAAGCCUUCGUAACCGACAGGUCAUCUGCAUCACUCUGAAAGUCCUCCAGCACCUGGUGGUAUCAGCAGACAUGGUGGGAGAGGCCUUAGUGCCCUAUUAUCGGCAAAUCCUCCCAGUCCUAAACAUCUUUAAGAACAUGAAUGUUAAUUCAGGUGAUGGGAUAGACUACAGCCAGCAGAAGCGUGAAAAUAUUGGAGAUCUGAUUCAAGAGACACUGGAAGUCUUUGAACGCUACGGUGGAGAAACUGCUUAUAUAAACAUUAAAUACAUGAUCCCUACUUACCAGUCGUGCAUAUUAAACUGAGUGGUAUCAAAUGGGAUGAUUCCAUUUGUGUUAAAAAGGAAAAAAAACUGUGUCUGACUCUGUGUGGCAUCUUGUUAGUCAUGCUCUUUUCUGUACAGCUGCUAAAAUAGUGGCUUCUGGGGCAUUAGAGUGUUAGUACUAUUGUGAACAAGUCUUUCCAAUACAUAAAUAGUGCCUGUUCCUUUGAUUACAAUGGUGUACUGUGCUUGUUUGUUCCGUGAAAGAAUUGCUUCUUUAUAGCAGAGCUGACUCGAGCAGGAAUCAGAGUUAAACCUUCAGUUGUGUAGACAAUAAAACUAUAAUUUUCAUAUGCAAUUCAGCAA